GGCUCAUUUCAACCGACAUACCCCGUGACGGGCUGAUCUACCCACGGAGACUAAACUGAAAUUGGCGACUACAUUGUGUUUGUUUUACCGUUAUGGGAUCCAUUACAACAUCAGUGUUGUUAGUGAUUGUUUCUACACUGGCGUGUUCAGGUAGUACAUAGAGAAAAUAUUGUUUUCACAUACCUCAGAGUGUAAUUUAACUCUACAAUAACAAGAAUAAACUCGACUCCCGCUGGAUUUUGUGACGUCAAGGGAUUUGCCAGUCUAUUUCGAAAUAUUUCCGUGUUAGAUUAACCUCACACCUCAUUUUAACAUUUCGACCGACAUACGCCGUGACUGGAAUUGGCGAUCACUGAAGGGAACACGUAACCUACAUCAUAUUUGUUUUACCAUUAUGGGAUCCAUUACAGCAACAGUGUUGUUAGUGAUUGUUUCUACACUGGCGUGUUCAGUGUCUGUAUCAUCAAUGCGCGCCGUUUGUGAGGACGCAGCGACAUUUUGGGUGAACAACGAUGUGCAGAAAAUAAAGUCAGGUCGUUAUUCCGUUUCUCCUUCCGAACAAGUUUCUUGUCAAUGGGUCUUCAAAGCCACCAACCCUCGACUCCCGAUUCACCUGGAAAUUCGACCACCCUUCAUUAAACACAGCCGAGAAGCGACCUGUAGCUUGAUAACAACUGUCAAAGACGGAGACACCGUUUUACGUACCUUCUGCGAACGUCAGUCUGAAUUGAAGCGUCUCUACUUUACCGGCUACAGCGGUGCCAUGACCGUCGUUUUGGAGUCCAACAUUCAGACAUCAGCUACCAUGAAGUCGAUCAAGAUCAAAUUUUACCAAGACAGAAACGAUCCGCUAAUUACUACAACUGCAGCUACAGCCACGACUACAAAGAGGCCUACUACCACGACUACAGCCAGGCCUACAACCACGAAAACGGCCUCAGCUACAACCUCAACCUCAUUCUGGCCUACAACUACAACAACGGCUGCAUCAAAGACGACAACCUCAACCUCAUUCUGGCCUACAACUACAACCACGGCUGCAUCAAGGACUAGAACCUCAACCUCAGCCUGGUCUACGACUACAGCCACGACUACAACGACAUCAGACACUGUCACCAUGUGCGGAAUAUCAACGUUGGUUGCAUCAGACCGUGCCAAUUAUAUAUACCCAUAUACUGCCAAGUCGUAUUGUCAAUGGUUCAUCCGAGCAUCGAACCCAAAUCGUCCCAUUCAUCUUGAGAUCCGAUCCGUUUCUGGGAAUACCAUGGUCUGCAAUGAUCAACUAGUUAUUGCCGAUGGUUUACAGAUAAUUCCGAGGCAUUGUAACGGAAGCACGGAGUACUACACGAGUACAGAGGACACCAUGACGGUCUUCUACAACCACGACGGCGAUGUCCUCUCCACCUCACAAAUCAGCAUCAUCUAUUACCAAGAGAAGUAUUACCAAGAGAAGUAUCACGACAAUGACCUGCUGGUCAGACACGUUGUGACAAUAAGUUCAGUUAUUGGUGCCAUCGUCCUGGUUCUCCUCGUCGUCAUACUGAUAACUGCAUUGUGUUGCCGAUAUCGCCGGAACCGUUCGCGUCGCAGCGCCAACCGUACUCUCACCAUGGCAGUCAUCUCAGAUGCAAGGACGGACGCGGGCCCUCCAGCUUACACUGACCUCUUUCCAACCAAGAAGGUGCUGCCACAGAGCAAGGACAAAGUUACUAAGGAUCCAUCACUUCCACAACCGACCAAGAAUCCUCUCCCUUACUACUCAGCUAAAACUGAUCCCGCGCUUGUAGAUCCGGCUAAAUCAGAAUCAAAUAUCUGAUAUCUGGUAUCUGAGCUGUCAGAUUAUGAUGAGAGAUAUACUUUGAUACUUUUGUAGUGUUUUGCUUACAUAUAUGUACUAUGUUUUACACUUGUUUUAAUCAGCUAAUAAACUGUAUUGUCUUGCCGACGUGCACAUCGCCAAAGCCGAUGGCGUCACAUCGUCAACGGUACCACGAAUUCAGCCAUGGAAGUGGUCACGAAUGGUCUGAUAGAUACACCGUCUCCCGCAUAAACUGAUCGGCUUCCAACCAAGAAGGCGCUGGCACACGGAGCAAGUACGAAGUUACUAAGGUUCCAUAACUUCUGCAAAGGUUCAAGAGUGCUGUCCCUUGACAUUUAGCUCGAAUUUUGCCAGCACUUCUGUGUUCGGUUAAACCAGGAUAAAAAAAAGAUUUCUAACAUGCUCAGAUUAUGUUGAGAUCUGUUCCUGGAUGUACUAUAAUACUUUCAGUCUUUUGCGUAUGCAUCAACUAUUUUAUUUGUACUAUCGUCGUUGUUUUGUGAGGGAUUUUUGUUGGGGGUUUUUGUUUGUUAAUGAUAGAGUCUAAUAGUUAUUUAAUAUACCAUUCGAUGUGUCAUUUUCAAAACUAUGCACACUGUCUUGUUUGUCUUGCUAUUCGAUGUACUGUCUUAAAACGAACGACAAAAUUCGUUAUUUGGGCUCAUUUCAGUUUAAAAUGGAUUGUAAUUCUGUUGUGGUUGUCUGUUUUAGUAGCAAAUGUACUUUCCAAUGUUACUAUUAGGGGCGUAGCCCAGUGGUAAAGAUCUCGCGUGAUGCGUGGUUGGUCUGGGAUCAAUCCUCGUCGGCGGACUCAUUUGGGCUAUUUUUUGUUCCAGCCAGUGCACCUCAAAUGGUAUAUCAAAGG